CACGUGUCACACACUUCCUCCUUUCCAAAUUCGAACUCGCCUUCACAAUCCGCUCGGCCACCAUGAAAGUUGUCAUCAAGAACUGGCACGCCGUUGCUCAGUGGCGCUGGGAUAAUGGUAACGAUGAUAGCGAGGACGACGUCUGCGGUAUCUGCCGUGUUCCUUACGAGGGAUGUUGCCCUGCGUGCAAGAUGCCUGGUGAUGAUUGUCCGUUGAUAUGGGCAGCAGUGCCCAAUGGACCGACGUCCUUGGGUGACCGCGGAGCGCAAGAUAGGAAACAAGUAGAUCUGCAUGAGCGCCUCGCCUCUUUGUCCUUCUCUAUACCACUGUAUCAUAGAGUAGACACUCGACGCGCCCCAAGCGCUGCGCACCCUCUCACUAUGCCGCAGACCGGUACUCCGGCGGCGGGGCCUCAUACGCGUCGUCGACGUGGUCCGUAUGUGUGGCGUCGUCGUGAGGAAGCGUCGCGUCUGAAUGAGGGACUGCGCCUGAUUGAGGCGGCGACAUCGCACCUGUCGGCGACACCAUAUUCGUCGGCAACGAUGAGUCUCCCGCCCCCGAGCUCUGCCCACUGCGACUCGAGCUCGCCCCAUUGCUCGCCGACGACGGCGGCCCCCCACUGAUGGGCAAUCCGCCCACGCCCGCGCCAUACCCGGCACCAGAGCCAUACACCGACGACACCCCACUCGUCGCAUUCCUCGCCGCCCGCAGCCGCCGCUUCUCCUCCAUCGCGCUGAC